AUGUGUUGCUUCGGGCCACCACGCGGAGCAUACUAUCGGCCGGACGUCGUGCCUAUGGGCCCGCGCCCGGUCGUGAUGGGUCCUCGUCCCAUGAUGAUGCCACGGCCCAUGAUGAUGCCGCGGCCCGUGGUGGUGGCACCUAUGGCGAUGCCGCGUCCCGUCUACGGCGGCGGAGGUAGACACCACGGCGGAGGAUACGGCGGUGGCUAUGGAGGUGGAUUUGGCGGCGGAUACGGAGGCGGAUACGGAGGCCGGUACGGCGGUGGUGGACGCAUGGGUGGUGGACGGAGAUAUUAA